GUGUUCUUGUUCCUUUCCCUGCAUUCAGUGCGACGUUUCAGUAAAUUUUUUUUAAGAUGGCGACUGUACAUCUACGGAUCGGGGACCUGGUUUGGGGGAAACUCGGACGGUAUCCACCGUGGCCAGGAAAGAUCGUCAGUCCCCCAAAGGACUUGAAGAAACCAAGAGGCAAAAAAUGCUUCUUUGUGAAAUUCUUCGGCACUGAAGAUCAUGCCUGGAUAAAGGUCGAACAGCUGAAGCCGUACCACCCCCACAAGGAAGAGAUGAUCAAGAUCAACAAAGGAAAGCGCUUCCAGCAGGCUGUCGAUGCUGUGGAGGAAUACCUGAAGAAGGCCAAGGGGAAAGAGCAGGCGCACGGCUCGGACGACAAGAACAAAUCGGAGAAGGGGCGGAAAGCCGCCGCCAAACCGAUGAAGAUUAUAGAAGAAGACGACGAGGACGCGUUCAAGGGCGGCUCCUCCGACAAGGAGCAAACUGACUCUGACCCAGAACCGUCCUCUGUGCAGCGGCUGGUGGCUGGAACAGUUGCAGGAUUCAAAUGGGAGAGCAGUCCGGUAAAGGAUGACCCACAUUUCCAUCACUUUCUGCUCAGCCAGUCUGAGAAGCCAGCCUCUUCGAUGGAGCCCAUAAGCAAACGGUUGAAGAUUAUCGAAGAGGACGCCGGCUCUACGUCCAUCCAGGCUGCAGACAGCACGGCUCUCAACGGCAGCAUCACGCCCACAGACAAACGGAUAGGCUUCCUCGGACUCGGACUGAUGGGCAGCGGAAUCGUCUCGAACCUGCUGAAGAUGGGCCACGUCGUGACCGUGUGGAAUCGCACGGCGGAAAAAUGCGACCUGUUCAUCCAGGAAGGCGCCAGGUUAGGACGAACUCCAGCUGAGGUGGUGUCCAUGUGCGACAUCACGUUCUCCUGCGUAUCAGACCCCAAAGCUGCCAGAGAUUUGGUUUUGGGUCCCAGCGGUGUGUUGCAGGGAAUCAGACCCGGAAAGUGUUACGUGGAGAUGUCCACUGUUGAUCCCGAGACCAUUACAGAGCUCUCGCAGGUGAUCACGUCCAGAGGGGGUCGGUUCCUGGAAGCUCCGGUUUCAGGGAGUCAGCAGCUUUCCAACGACGGCAUGCUGGUCAUCGUCGCAGCGGGAGAUCGGACCGUUUACGAAGACUGCAGCAGCUGCUUCCAGGCCAUGGGCAAAACCUCAUUCUUCUUAGGAGAAGCGGGCAACGCGGCGAGGAUGAUGCUGAUCCUCAACAUGGUGCAGGGCAGUUUCAUGGCCACCAUCGCAGAGGGGCUGACCCUCGCUCAGGCCACCGGCCAAUCACAGCAGACCUUCCUGGACAUUCUGUGUCAGGGGCAGAUGGCCAGCACGUUCGUGGACCAGAAAUGCCAAAAUAUUUUGCAGGGCAACUUCAAACCAGAUUAUUACCUAAAACACAUUCAGAAAGAUUUAAGGUUAGCUAUUUCGAUGGGAGACUCUGUUAAUCACCCUACACCGAUGGCGGCCGCUGCGAAUGAGGUGUAUAAGAGGGCGAAGGCGCUGGACCAGUCGGACAACGACAUGUCUGCAGUCUACAGAGCUUAUAUCCACUAAUCCCUGAAGAUGUGCUCGGAAUUCUGGACCACAGUCCCCCCCUUUCUCCGUUUUCUUCCUUUCGGUUUGUGUGCGCUCGAGUUUUUUUUUUUGUUCCGCUUUUCCCCGUCACGGCCUCCCCUCAUCGUGUGCAGCGCGUUGUACUGACAGUUGUGCUCUCCUCCUCUGCGGGAGGAGGUUUUACGAUGGAGGAUAGAGGUGUGUGUGUGUGUGUGUGUGUGGAUCCGAUUCGGUCCACUGCAGCUGGUUUUAUUUUGGGACGCACCGAUUUCUCUCGACAACAAUACAAACGUCAGAGGUCAGCGUAUCCUCCAGCGCUGCCGCUUCCUUCCUUUAAGGAGCGUGAAAGCUUGUGCGUGUAUCGAGAGGACGUCCUGUUCGCCGCUUAACCAGAGAACAUAUCGCGUUUCCCCCUCAGUGCAAAAAAAAAAAAUAAAAAAUCAUCCCAGACCAGCUCGCAUUCGAAACCUAUUUUUAAUUUUACAAUCGGCCAUUUUGUCUCGCCGCGUCUUAAACCACAUCAGACUUCCUUUAAGAUUGAAAUAACGAUUGUAACGAGUCGCAGCUUUUAGUCGCACGCAGCACUGGUCAUUUCUGACCCGGAGGGGUCGGGGAGUGACCCGAAAACGCCCCUCAAAUCCGAUUUCAGCGAGUGAUGUCGAACCAAAAUGGCCGCUCGCAGCAUCAACAGUACACACAGCGGCACGUCUUUACCUUUAUACGAGUCACGCUGUGUGUGUACACACAAGUAUUUACUUUAGAUCAAUCAACAUGGACGUAAUGGCUUAUUAAAUCCGUAACACUGACUGAACAGUUCACAACUGUGUGUGUGUGUAUACAGUAUAAGGUAAAGAAGUGCCGGUGUGUUUUACCGUUGAUGCGAGCGGCCAUUCUGACUUUGUGUCACUUGCUGAACUCGAGGAGACCCGCCCCGAGUUUGUGUUGGAGCUUUAUUCGAAUGCAGCUUGAUGGAAGAAAGCGUUACGAGACUGAUCUCGAGCGCGAGGAAUCGGAUCGGUGCGUCCUUUUUACCCCCCCACACACCAACUUUUAUUUUGUGAUCUCCUGCUUUCUUUCCCGACGUCCCCCGUCUCUGUAAUCAUCCUCGUCCAGAACGGCGCAGGCUCCAGGAGCAUGAAGACGACGCCACUGCAUUGCCUUAAUAUCCUAACUCCCCACACACACAGAUGUAUUUAUUUAUUUUAAAUCUCUCGGAAUCUCCAGACUACAGUUUUGGCCCGGCAGUGAGGUUGAGAUCGCUCGUUUGAUUCUGCCUUAGAAAAGAAAAUGUGAUCUAUUUCGUUUCUUUUAAUUAUCCUUCUGAAGCUUGUAUUAAUCUCGUGUCGAAAGUCCGGAUGAUUUUUUGUUGACAGCUGAUUCUGUGAAAGGCUUUUUUUUUUUUUUAAUUAUUAUUUUUUAAGUGUGUAUUCACGUUUUGCAGAUGUGUAAGCUAAGCUGUGGAUCGAUCUGAAGAGAACCGAGUUUCAUUCACGUGUUGGAGGAAGUGAAGAUCUCCACAGAGGUUUUUGUUCUUGUUUAAUAUAUAGGCGAGGUCAGGUCAGUAAUGCGUUCUUGAUUUUUGUCUGAGACACACUGGUCAUAUUUGAAUUUGGCAAUCUGUUUUAAGUUGAAUCGUUGUGGAGAUUGAGCACAUCUGUAAUCGUUUAUCCGUAAAUUAUAAUUUGUGCUUUUUUUUUUUUUCUUUUCCUUUUUGUGGUCAUUGGUUUUAAAGUCUGAGUAAAUUGUCAGUGAGAGAGAGAGAGAGAGAGAGAGAAGGUGUCUGAUGUUGAUGGAGGUACAGUAUUGUUUGUUUUGUUUUUUAAAGCAGAAAGGGGAUGGACUGUUGUCAGGUUACCCGUCUCAACAUAACCCCCUGCUUUUAGUUUCCACCGCGCUGAACCGCUUUAACCCGAGUCUUAAACCUAGUAUCGGCUGUUUUUCUGUUUUCUUUCGUGAUCGGAAUUAUUUCCUGUUGAUUUGUGAGUUCGACAGUCGUUCUAAUGACCAUGUAACACCGCGGCUGACUCCACUUUUUUUUGUUCUGCAAAGGAAGGUGAUGGCUAAUUGGACAAAUAUUUAUCAUUUCUUGUAAAUGUGAGAGUCACGUUUUAUUGUGCAGUCCACUGAAUCCUUCUCCGAAUAAACAAACCAAUGUCCAAUUUAA